AUGGUGGAUGUGGAUGUGGAAGUAAUGGCAUCGACAGGCAAAAUUAGGUCGUGGGUGUUGGCAUUGGUGACUGUGGGCAAUUAUAUUUACUGUACUGUCUUUGUUUGUUUCAGCCAAACGGAGCCAAACGGACGUUUUGAAACACAAACAAAAAUUUGCUUAAGCAUAUCCAAUCAUCAUCCUAAACAUUGGCAACCAUCAUGGAGUGUUAGGACUGCUCUAAUUGCAUUUAUGCCCACAAACCCUAAUGGUGCUUUGGGCUCAUUAGACUACAUGAAAGAACAACGGCCUGAUCUUGCAGUUAAAUCUCGUGAAACUGCACCCAACUUUGGUUCUCCUGAUCGUCAAAAGCUCAUUGAUGAGAUUCACGAGUACAUGAUCAGUAAGGCAUCUCCGGUCCCUCAACCUAACUCCCCGGAAUCUUCAGAACCACCAGCUGCCGCCACAGAACAAUCCUGUGAAACACCGGUUAGUCCUGCUAACACUAAUGCUAUCACAGAGAUAACUGAGCACGAAGAACAACAUCAUGAAGUUCCUUUAAACGAGAACCAGUUACCGUGCAAAUUAACCUUUUUUUAAACGAGAACCAAGAAGCUGAAGAGUCAAGGGUGUCAGCGCAGGUGGCUCCUGUUAUACCUCCUGCAACUGUGAACGCACCUUCUUCUGUAGCUGCGGUGGUGCAGCAGCACCAACCGAUGGUUCAGAAACAGGCUGAUGACCGCCUGUUCACAAUAGCAGCGGUUUGACUGGCGCUUGCUAUUGCCAUGCUUCUGUUGAAGAAGUUGAUGAAAGCCAGUGGACAUGGUGCAGUGUUCAUGGGUCAAUCUUGAAAAGCGAGUAUUUUCAGGUAUGCGGAUUUACGGCUAAAUUGUCCAGUUUGAAUUUUCUGUCUGCUAUACUUAAUUUAUGUAUAUUUGCUUUCACACUGGUGAUUGUAUUGUGUAUAUAAUUACUUACAAUUUCAUUGUUAUAAAGAGACUCCCGAGUGUUAUUUAAGA